AGCUCUCCUUCAUUACCUAUACAAUCUUUCUCUUUUCAAUCUCUAGUCUAGUUUCAGAGCUUUUUUCGGGGUGAGAAAUGUCAGCUGUAAAACUAGGAACAGAAGAUGUUACGUUCUCGGAUAUGAUCAGUAAUUUACCAGACGAUUUGCUCAUUCGAAUUCUCUCAUUACUCCCAAUAAGCGAGGCAAUGAAUACAAGCUUACUCUCUAAACGAUGGGAAUCUCUGUGGAAGAUGAUGCCUGUACUUAAAUACGUUGAAAAAUCUUGUCCGACCAUGACUUCCCAAGGAUUUGUCGAGUUUUGCCGCAGGUCGUUGCAACUACAUGAAGCUCCUGUUCUCAAAACCCUAACUAUCAAACUACAGUUACAAUCUGUUCCACUUAUACUCAGUAGUUUGCCUGAAACAGUCUUCCAAAAACUGGUGGUCCUGAAACUCUACAUGAUCCGGUAUCUUGUAUUUGAUGAUCCACCACCAGGAAGAUACUUUUCAGAUGGUAAACCAUCGGUUUGUUUCCGGUCCCUGAAAGGAUUGCACCUCAGAAGUGUGAGUUUCUGUGACGAACAAUAUUUCUGCAGGCUAAUAUCGGCCUGUCCUCUUCUUGAAGAUGUCUUCUUCGAUACAGUUAGAACUUGCGCACCCAAAACUAUUUUUCUGCCUCCUCCUCAAAAGAUACUCGAGAUAAGCACUCCCUGUUUGAAGUACUUAAAGAUCAAAAACAUCACUGGUCGUCUCAUAUUUACAAAGGAUAUGCCUAAUUUGGUGGCGGCUACCCUUGAAGUUGAUCCUUCUCAAACUAGUGAUUUUCUCAGAAUUCUUACUUCGGUCGAGUUUCUUUCGAUACAUUUAUAUGCUAAUGAGGUAAUCCUGGUCUUGUUUUAUUUGAAAAAACUAUUACUCUUUUCAUUAUUUUUCGUAACUCUUGUAAUGUUUCUGACGUGCAGGUUCUGCUUCUUGCCGAUAAAAUUUCUCAGCGGCUUCUUCGUCUAGAACUAUGUAUU